AUGAUCGACAGGGCAGAACGAAACUGCAAACAAAGAGGCCCGGCAAGGGCUGCCUCUUCGGAUUCUUCAGACGAGUCUGAUGGGGAUGAGCCCUCAGAGUCGGAUGGUGCAUUCACGCCAGCUGGGAGCACAGACGUGUCGAGCAAGGCCCAAACCCCCAUGUCGUCGAUCGAGAACGACAAUGACAGCAUGGUGCACGAUGAAAAUGACAGCUCUGUCCAACAGAUGCUGCAGAUGCAGCAUCCGCGACAGCUUCAAGACGAGCUACACCGAUAUGAGAAGUUCUUCAGGGAACAGUGUGCGCAGGACAGGAAGCAAGGAGGAUCCUCUGAUGCGAGUCAUUCCUUCCCAGUCGAAGCAAAUGAUCGGUUAGCCUGCCAGCCACAAACACCCUCAUCGCAGAGAGUCACGACAAGAAGCGAGACGGGCCUUUUUGUGACUCAGUCACCGAACACGCCUGCAAAAUCUUCAUACUCAUCACGGAGUCGACGUAGUGCGAAAUCCCCAGCAUCUGCGCUCAAUCAACAGGUUUCACAUCUGUCCCUCAGCGCCGAGCCCGACGGUGGUACAUCGAAAUCAGCCUCGUCAGAACAAAAGAAGAACUCUCGACGCAAACAAAAAGAACGGCGUCGAUUGAGGAGAAGCCUGCAAGCGCGUACGCCCUGCCCCGCCGACAGAAGUGAAGACGCGGAGCCAGACAUGGGCAGUUCAGUGGCGCCAAUCACUCCCGCUGCAAGUACUGUGCUUGGCUAUGAUCCUGCUGAUGCUCGCGCCGAGGAAUCGUCGCCAGCAUACGGCGGCGAGAGCAGCUCCGAAGCCAUGCCGAGGACUCCUGAUCACCAAGAGACAACGUUCAAUACUGCAAGCCGAAGUCCUUCCGAUGAUCCAUUUGCCACACCCUACUUUCCAAAUCAAAGUAGCGGAGCUGUUGGACAGAAGGACGGUUGCCGUCUCGAACAGGGGCGGUCGACUACCAGUGAGGUGAGCCGUGCUUUGCCCGGUACGGGUGCACAACUAUCAAUUCUCCUAGAUCAGGAGAACCAGAAGCGUAGAAGGGAGUCGCAAGGGCCCGAAGCUGGUCCGCAACAUCAACAGAACUCCCCCAAAGAUAAUCCAGGACAGUGGACUCCACCAAUGACUAGAGCGCGGAGUAACGGGAGGGCAGGGGAUAGGUCGGUCGAGGCUCGGCGGCAGGAGUCCGGCUCGCCCAGUGCCCGAGGCAAGCCGGCCAACAGUGACCGCAUCGGGAGCCGGAGGAGCAACGCGGAUCGCAGAGGCUCGCGAUCCAGGGGCACAAGCUCAUCCAGCCCCAGCCAAAGACGCAGCCCGAUCCAUCGCCAGCAGCAGCCGCCUCCGAUCCGUCGCUGGGACCAACGAAACAGCCGCCCCAGCGCUGCCAGAGACACCCAGAAGCAGACACAGUCGUCACCUGCCCGCCCGCUGCGCCAUCCUCUGCCACCUCGGCCGCCGCCGCCUGCUCCUACCCACCGCGGCGAGACGGCGCCUCCGUUUGGCCGGAAUCACCGCACGCGCCGGCUGGACACGCCCGUCCUUCAGGCACUGAGCGACGAGCAGCACGACGAGCGCAUCUCGUCGCGACUGGAGGAGCUCCAUCAGGAGAUCACCGCGCUGAAGAACAAGGUUGCCAGGAAGGCUGCUCGCAAGUCGAUGGGCUCAGAUUCGCGUCGGCGCUGA